AUGUCAUUUCAGACGACAACGCAUUCCUCUAGUUGGGACGAGAAUGAGGCAACUGCGGCAUUAAAUUCGUUUCUGCCAGCCCAUUUUGGCCCUUCAAAUACCACACAGACUAUUGUGAAAGCGGCAGAGUAUAUUGGCUCAUUUAUGGUGACAGGCAGAGGUCAUCAUGAUCGUGCGGAAAUCGUGCGACAAAAGCUAGAAGCUGCAAGGAGCUAUACUCAUAGCAAACCCAUCGUUUUGUUGAUCUCGCUUAAUGGAAUCAAAGUAUGUCGGGACACUGACAAGCUCUAUCACCCCCAUUCGCAUGUUUAUAUGGCUCAUGCCCUGCGCCGAAUUUCCUAUGCCACCUGUGAUCCAGAAAACGUGCAGUUCGCCUUUUUGGCGAGAGAACCAAAAGCUGAACCCAAUGUACAGUAUUGCCAUGCCUUUGUGACUCGAACACCAGAACAGGCUGAGGAACUGAACAACAUUGUGGGUGAAGCUUUCCGGAUAGCAUACGCACAGCAACAAUUAGCUCUACUCACACAGCAGUUCCGUCAGGUAGCGCCAACUUCCGUCGAAGCAUCCACACAGCGAUUGCCGGCAGAAGCACACCCAAUUCAGUCGACAGUUUCACAGUCCAAUUCAGUCUCCGCUAUGUCAAACGUGGCCAAUGGACCUGGUUCCAUCGCAUCCCUUGCAUGUUUGACAUCCCAUUCCAGGUCAGGAACUGCAAUUCAGGCCCCUCACUCCGCUGUUCAUCCGUCUUUCCUGAAUAAACCGCUACCUCCAGUCCCCGGUACACCUAUCAACUCGAUGACAGCUGAUUCGCGUGUAGAUAGCAAUCCAUCACUGACAGACCCACCAUUACCGCCGCCACCUCCUGCUGAUGUCGAUAUCCAUCGAGGCAAUCGGCCACAUAAACAUCACAAGCAUCAUAGGCAUCGCCAUAGACACCGAGCUAGAGACGUGGUUACCAAGACGUCGGAUCAGCUGCAGGAUCAGUAUUCCGUGGACUCCGGACUACACACAAGCACUGGGGAGUCUUCUGUCAGCGUUCAACUUGAGUGCACGCCUAGGUUACCAGCAGCUGUACAAAAACCAUCAGGGGUCAUUCACCGUAGUCAACCACCGCCACCACCCCCGCGAGGUCCUUCAUCGUUGACUCCAUUUCGGAAUGUUUCCGGGGUGGAUGCAGGUCGAAUUCUCAGCUCUGGUGAUACGCACUCAUACUCGCCUUGCAUUGAGCAAGAGCACCUGGACGGUCAUAGUGCUGUGAGUCGAGCCGACGGUGAUACACAGUCAAGAUUGCAAACCAGGUCGUUGUCGGACACAGUUUCCCCUACAGACCAGCAGGCUUGCUUUCUGGCCAAAUCCGUAAAUAUCAGUCUGCAGUCCAUAUCCGGUGAGCUAUCUGACGGGAACAUUGCGCGACCCUCCUCACAAGCAUCUAGGCCAUCUUCACAACACUUUUAUGAUAUGGCUGAUCAUCGCAGCUGUGGGGCUCUGCCAACCGAUUCAGGGUGUAAUCCAGAUGUGGUCGUCACGGAACCUGCCUCAACCAUGACGUGUUCCACCACAACCUCUGUUGUUACAACAGCUUCCUCUUCCACCACAGGUUGCUCAACGACCACUUCUGGAUCCAUCCACUCUGGUUCUGGAUCUGCUGGUAGCUUGUCCCGAAGUCGACCUGUGGGAACUCGUACUUUCGAAACGGGUACAGACCCCCGUCCUUCUUGUAGUACAGGUGACCGCAAUGGCUUCAAUUCACCCCGCCAUUACGGGGACACUAGAGACCAACCGGGCUCCACACAUUCCACUGGAAGCUCACGUCAUUCCCGUGUUCCCGAGUCAGGUGUCCGUUAUGCAUUGGAUGAUGCUGCGGAACUUGCCCAUGCUUCAUGGUAUCAGCCCCAUGUGCCUCGUGAAGUUGCUCUAGAAAUUUUAUCUAAACAACCGCCGGGUAGUUUCGUUGUUCGAGACAGUGGAAGCCAUGCCAAUUGCUAUGCACUAUCGGUGCGUUUCGGCGAGGGAGCAGCCGCUUGCUCCCUAUCCGGCACUCCAUCUGGCGGAUCAUCUCGCGAAUUGCCUGGUUUGUCCGUCUAUCCUCAUCCCGCCUCGGGAAUUAGUCAUUUCCUUAUCCAGCGCACCCCGCGUGGUGGGGUGAGGUUAAAGGGUCUCGACAAGGAGUGGCCUUCAUUGUCAUGUCUUGUGCUUCACUUGACCGUAAUACCUGAAAUGCUUCCUUGUGCGCUGACGAUGCCGAAGGCUUCGGCGAAUCCUGCAUUUUCUCCAGAUGAUCACGGAUCCGGUAGCACCCCAUGCCCUCGUCCACACUUCGAACAAGCACCUGGAGUCUCGUGUGCACAUUUUCGACCAAUUCAUCGUGCCGAAAACUCGUCCUUAUUGGAUGUUCCGUUUGGUGAUGAAGAUGAGGACUAUCAACGCCUUUCAGACUUCUCGUCCAUAAUGGCCGACUUGCGAUUACGACCUCGUGUCCCGAUUCGAUCGGGCGAGAUGCGAAAAGCACGAUGA